CCCCGCCGCAGUAGUGGCCGCCGCGGCGAUCGCUUCCUCGCCUCCUCCUCGCCCUCUCAGAUGGCCGCGCCUGCCGAUGCCCCCGGAGGAUCCGCGGACGCCUUCGAGGUGAUCCGCGCUCACCAGGUAAAAGCUGCCCGGCUUCCUCCUGUUGAAGAAAUACGAACCAUUCUGGACCAAAGUGUCAGAGGUGUUCUGGCUACCCAUUCUCAGGAACAUGUGGGUUAUCCAUCUGGUUCAAUGGUUGAUUUUGCGUGCGAUCAAGAUGGUUCCCCCAUAUUAGCAGUGAGUAGUUUAGCAGUUCACUCAAAGAAUCUUGCAGGAAGUACUAAAUGCUCACUUUUGGUUGCCAAAGACCCAGAGGACAGAACAGAUACUGUAAUCACUGUAUACGGCGAUGCUACACCUGUUCCUGAUGAAGAAAAAGAUGCAGUGAGAACUGCAUAUUUACGGAGACACCCUGAGGCCUUUUGGGUUGACUUUGGUGACUUCCGUUUUCUGCACAUCAAACCAAAAGCUGUACGUUACGUAUCUGGGGUUGCAACAGCUAUCCUUGGCUCUGGAGAGUUUAGUGCAGCUGAGUUCAAGGAAGCAAAAGUGGAUCCUAUAUCUCAGUUCUCCACUCCUAUUGCAGGCCACAUGAACAAGGAUCAUGCUGAUGAUACAAAGCUCAUCGUGCAACACUCAACCUCUGUUAAGGUGGAUUUCGCUUCUAUUCUGGAUGUGGAUAGCCUCGGUAUCAAUGUGAAGGCUGGUUAUGAUGGAACUGUUCUGAAGCUGCGAAUUCCCUUCCCUAGACGUGCGCAAGACAGAAAGGAUGUUAAGACACUUAUUGUGGAAAUGCUACAGGCUGCAAAGGCCUCAUCCUGACAUGCUGAAUGACCUCUUUGUUCUGGAACGCAGUGGUGGCGUCCAUGUAAAAAAGAAAGCCCUAGCCGAUAAGAGCUUUCAAGUUGCUCUCCAGUCUCAGCGUCAGCGAAGAUGGAUGAUCCACAGAAAAUUCCAUGGUUUCAUACAUCAUUCAACACCAUUGUGACAGCGAACUUGUGUGAACUACUUCCAGUCAAACUUAAAGAAAUGCAAAGCGACUUGUAUAUUGCACUGAACUGUUUUGCACUCAUACACGACUGAAGUUGUUGUCAUGUCGGUCUUUA